CACAACUGUUGUUCUGCUCUCUAGCUCCUCAAGAGAUAACGUCUCUUCACCUUUUACACUAUAGCACCUUUCUCCUUUCUUCUGAAGACAGGAGUAAGCGCUAGCAGCUGACGGUACCGCGGCUCAGUCCCCUGGGCGCUCACAUCUCCUGUUGAUCCUCCGGCGCGAUGGAGAGAGUUCAACACAUCACCCGCUCGGCCAUACGCAGGGCCUCCGUCAUGGAGGUGAACCCGCAGACCAAACGCAACCUGCAGGAGCUCUUCGUCAACUUCUCGCUCAUCCUCAUCUGCCUGCUGCUCAUCUACAUUAUCGUCCUGCUGAUGUGAGGAUGGGGAACGAGCAGGGCCGAGGCUGGGAUGGAGCGUGGGACAAAAACAGGACUUUCCUUACAUUAAAUGGUGGCUUUUAUUACACAGUGUAAUCAUAUUGUGAAGUUUUAGAUGUGCUUACUACUUGUUGUUUCUUAACCGUAUGCUCUACAGUCAAGUAUAUUUCAUGUGUCCGAAUAAAUGAGAAGUCGAAAUGAUUAUAUUUCACAAAAGACACAUCAUUACAAAGAAAAAUAAACAGAAAAUACAAUUUUAAAUCAACGUAUCUAGCAUGCAUGCUGUCUUAGACAUAAUAGGGCUGAGCAAACACAAAGCAAGUUCAUACGUUUUAAAACCUUUUCUAAAUGUACAGUCUACCAAUUAUUUAAUAAACAAGAUUUCUGCAAUAUUUAGUAUCUACAAUACUGCUUUGUAAUGGAUCUCAACUCUUUAUUAAAUAUCUCCUGCCCUGAAAUUUGCCAUCAACCUCACCAAAAAAGCUGUUUUAAAUGGCAACCCACAAGGCAGUCAAACACAAACACACACACACACACACACACACACACACACACACAGAAGGCUGGUCCAUGCUUUAAUUGCAGUUGCAAUCUCUUCUCAACCAGCAGAGGGCGCAAAAUGUUACAAAAAUGAUUUUACACACAAAAUUAAAGAGUUUGAUUCCCCCUCCCUCUAAAGAAGUGUCCUGUUGUAUUUUUAUUUCCUACUUUGUAAAUAAAUUAUAUUAAAAUGUUAAUUAACACUCUUUGAGUACUGUUAUUGUACUAAGUAGCCAUUUCUGCA